AUGAAGUUGACAAUUGCUGCCUUUGCGUCGCUGCUUCUCACGGCCUCUGCCAUUAGCCUGCCCGCCGACCACCCUGAUGUCAACUGGGUGCCCGCGGGCCCCGGCGAUAGUAAGCGCAGUACUCCAGAUCCGGGCGCCGUGCCCAAUGUUGAACACUCUGGCCAACCACGGCUAUCUCCCCACGAUGGAAAGAAUAUCUCGCAGGACCAAGUGGUCACUGCCCUGGUGUCGGCCCUGAAUUUCGACGAAGAGACCGCCAUCGGCCAGUUCCAACAAGCUCUGGCAUCGAACCCGGUGGAGGGCGCUACUACUUUCUCUCUGGCCGACUUGCGCCGCCACAAGGUCGUUGAGCACGAUGCGAGCUUGAGUCGCCAGGAUUACUAUUUCAGCAAAAACGACCACAGCUUCAACGCCGUCGUAUUCGCCGAGACUCUCAUGGCCUGGGGAUCGGAGAUCAAUGUCAAGUCUGCUGCUCAGGCUCGCCACGCCCGCAUCAGCACUUCCAAGGCCACAAACCCCUCUUUCUCAACGGAUCUCCUGGACUCGGGCUACGGCGAGUCUGCCGUCUUGAUCGCUACUAUCGGCGACGCGAAUACCGCAACGGCGAACAAGGCGUGGGCGGAGUACCUCUUCCGAAACGAGAGACUCCCCACUGCACUCGGAUGGGAGAAGCCCAAGUACCUCGUCACAGGAGCCGUCGUCGGUGGUAUCGCGGGGCAAAUUGAAAGCGAAAUGAAGGACCUCGAUGAGGGAAUCUGGAAGCUUUUCUUCAACAAGAGACACCCUCACGCCCACCGCACGCACGCACAUUAA